CUGCGACCAAGUUCUUAUGGGCAUCGGCGGGAACAGCAGCAGCAGGAGCCCUGGCACACCACACUUGGCCGAGGCGCGGCACUGCGAUCUAGAAACGCCGAGACAGGAGGCAGCCGCCGCCGCCACUGACAGGAUGAUCUGGAAUCUUGUUUUACCCUUGUUUCUUGUGUCCACUUUGGUUCAAGUGUCGGAUACUAGGAAAAACCGUCCACCAGGAGCCAUUCCUUCACCUUACAAAGACAGCAGAAGCAACAACUCAGAGCGGCAGCAGCAUCUAAGCAAAGAGGUACUGGCCUCAAGCCAGGAGGCCCUGGUUGUCACAGAGAGGAAAUACCUCAAAAGUGACUGGUGCAAAACACAGCCACUGAGGCAAACCGUGAGUGAGGAGGGCUGUAUAAGUCGCACUAUCAUCAACCGAUUUUGCUACGGCCAGUGUAACUCAUUCUAUAUCCCCCGGCAUGUGAAAAAAGAGGAGGAAUCAUUCCAGUCCUGUGCUUUUUGCAAGCCUCAGAAGGUUACCUCUUUCACGGUGGAGCUAGAUUGUCCUGAAUUAGACCCCCCUUUCCGACUUAAGAAAAUCCAUAAAGUCAAGCAGUGUCGGUGUAUGUCUGUGAACCUCAGCAGUGGGGGCAAACAGCAGAAAUGAGGGCUGGUAGCUGACAUUGCCAAAGUUGUUAUGGCCUCACAUUUUAAAUGGGCAAGUGGGUUGAUUAUUUUUCUUCUGCCGUGAGUUGUUUCUUGAGCUAUAUAGCCUUUUGCACCUUUGUCUACUGGAAAUAAAGGCUACUGUGGGCUGGUCAAAGGACUCAAUUUUUAUUACCAAAGCAGCUGUUUUGUUUUGUUUUUUACUAUUGGGUUUAUGUCACUAAAGAUGAACCUAGCAACAGAUUUGGGAAUGACUAAUUAGGUGACGGGUGGUCGAAUCCAACACUUAACAUUUCCACUGUGUGGAAAAACUUUUGGCCUGCACUCCUUCACUCCAUCUUCACUGGAUGAAGAGGUGACCUGAUGAAAGCUUCAGAAUUUCUCAUCAGUUUUGGAACUUUUGGAAAGAAAAAAGUCUAUGGACUUCAUAAUCCAUGGAAAUAACCAACCAGCCACUUUCCCAUGAAGAUGCAGAAGAUGGAUUUAUACACAUUUUUCAGUUAGAUUGCCUCUAGCACACAUUAACAGUCACCGUCCAUUUGUAAUGCAGCUAUAGCAAACUGUUGUUAAAUACAGACAUAACCAUGUGUAUUUUGUGAUGUGCUGAAGUAUUUGAAGGGUUAAGAUAAAGCUUCUUAACCAUUGGACCAGAUCCUUUCUUGAAAGUGACAGGAUUUUGAAUAGUGUAUGUGUUUCUCUUAGCAGAUUUUCCCCUUCCACUAAUUUAAGCUUUUGUCUCACCCAAGGACUAUUGUACAUUUAUUCAACCUAUAUUGAAUCAGUACUUGUUGGAGGAAAACAAUAUUGUGUUUAACCUAUUAAAACACAGUGGCACAAAGCAAACAAUAA